AUGCAGUCGGUCCUGCUGGGCCGGGUCCUGGCGCUGCUCUGGGUGUCUGUGGCUUGUGCUGACGUCCUGGUGCAGCCAGACUUUGAGGCCAAGAAGUUCUCAGGCCUCUGGUACGUGGUCUCCAUGGUCUCCGACUGCAAGGUCUUCCAGGAAAAGAAGGACCACCUGCUGAUGUCCUCCGCCACUGUCACCGCCAUGGCGGGAGGCAACCUCAGCGUCCACAUGGAGGUCCCCAGGGCUGAGGCCUGUAACCAGAUGGAUGCAGAGUACUUGAAGGUGGGCUCCGAGGGGCACUUCCUGGUCCCAGCUCUGGGCUACCUGGACGUGCGCGUGGCGGACACCGACUACCGCUCCUUUGCUGUGCUCUACAUCUACAAGGAGCUGGAGGGCGUGCUCAGCACCAUGGUGCAGCUCUACAGCCGGACCCCGGAAGUGAGCCCCCAUGCCCUGAGGGUCUUCCAGGACUUCUACCCAACCGUGGGGCUCCAGGACGACAUGAUGGUCUUGCUGCCUAAGUCAGACGUGUGCUCCUCAAGGGGCGAGGAGGCACCCUGAGCCCUCCGGACACUGACCUCGACUCUUCCCAGGGCCACCGGAGCAGCAGCCCUCAGCUCCUGGAGUCGUCCGGACGCUGGGCCCUGCCUUUUCCACAGGCCUCGCCCGUCCCUGCCUG